GACGGGAACGCGCAUAAAGCGGAGAAGUACGGGAACGCGCAUAAAUCGGAGAAGGACGGAAACGUGAAAGGUCUUCUGCUUCGUGCCGCUGAAAUCAUCGACGAAUAACUUUUUUUCUAUCAGUUACCUAAAAAACACCGCGAUAUGGGGUCCGGAGUCGUCUUUCUGAUGUUCACUUGCUUUUCGAUGGCUGGGAGCGAAAUACACACUCUGGAAUACAUCUACACUGCCCUGUCGAAGCCUGUAGAGGUUCCUGGUGUGUAUGAGUUCACCGCCAUGGGGAUUCUGGAUAACGAACAGAUUGACUACUACAACAGCAAGGAAAAAACCAAAAUUCCCAGGCAGACGUGGAUGUCUCAGAGACUGGAUGGUAAUUACUGGGAUAAAGGCACUUCGUCUCGCAAGAGCAAGGAGCAGUGGUUCAAAGUCAAUGUUGAGAUUUUGAUGAACCGAAUGAACCACAGCAAGGGGGGUCUCCAUGUCCUGCAGUGGAGGCAUGGCUGUCAGGGGGAACCUCAGCCUGAUGGCACACUGGCCUUUCGCGAUGGUUUUGAUCAGUAUAGCUAUGAUGGUGGGGACUUCCUCUCCUUUGAUCCGAAACAUUUGCAAUGGGUCGCCCCAGUUUCACAAGCCCGGGCCACCAAAAGGAAAUGGGACGACUCACAAACCCUCAACCAGUACACAGAGGGAUACCUAAAGAGGGAGUGCAUGGACUGGCUAACUAAAUUCAUGGGCUAUGGAGAAAAGGGCCUGAAAAAUCAGCCUGCUCCCGGGGUUUAUCCACAUGCUAAAACCACUAAAACCCCCGGCAAAGUGAUUCUUCACUGCCUGGUCACUGGAUUGCACACCAGAGAUGUGGAAGUCGACAUCUACAGGAAUGACGACAACAUGACUGAAGCUGACGGGGUGACUUCAACAGGGAUCAGACCCAGUGAAUUCAGUGCUGACGGGACGAUGGCAAAGACGUACCAGCUGAAGAAGUCGAUUGAGAUACUCAAGUCUGACUUGGAUAUAUAUCGUUACAAAGUAACAUACAGGGGAGAUGUUACCGCUGCUGGCAAAUGGGAGGCACCAAAAUUGGAAGGUGGACACGCUGCGAUUAUCUGUGGUGUUUUACUGGUGGUGUUCAUUAUCAUUUUGGGCAUUGUUGCAGUCCUGUUUCGAAAAAAGAUCAGCGAGAAUUGUAUUUCAGUCCUACGCAGCUUUGGCAGUAAAGAUACUGUGACCACUGAUGGAAGCUCCAACCCUACGGACACAGAGAUGGAGAAACAGAAUCUGACAAAUGGGGAGCCCAAUGGGAUCAGCGUUCCUGAGGCAGAAAAACUGAAGUCAGCAAAUGGCCAUGCGGAUGUGUAAUGUGACGUGAUUUCUUGCUGGGUGUUACUGUUGUUAUACAAAAAUACAUGAAUAUAUGCUUUAGAAUUUUAGAACAAGGAUA